GCCAAACAGAACUUCUGCUAUGUCUGCAAUGUGUGUUGUUUUUCCGUGUAUUCCUUAACUUCUGCUCCCCACAUGGUUCGAAAGGGCCAGCAUGUUGGUUAUCCUGCUGAACUGUGUUACUCUGGGAAUGUUCCACCCUUGUGAGGACAGCCUCUGUGACUCAGAGCGAUGCAAGAUCCUGGAGGACUUUGAUGAUUUUAUCUUUGCUUUUUUUGCCGUGGAGAUGAUCAUCAAGAUGAUAGCGCUGGGCAUCUUUGGGAAAAAGUGUUACCUUGGAGAUACUUGGAAUCGGCUGGACUUCUUCAUUGUUUUGGCUGGGAUGCUGGAAUAUUCGCUCAACCUCCAGAAUGUUAGUUUCUCUGCGGUCCGCACAGUCCGGGUACUACGACCUCUUCGGGCCAUCAACCGGGUGCCCAGUAUGAGAAUCCUGGUGACGCUGCUGCUGGAUACUCUCCCCAUGUUGGGCAAUGUGCUGCUGCUUUGCUUCUUUGUUUUCUUUAUCUUUGGGAUUGUGGGUGUCCAGUUAUGGGCCGGGCUCCUUCGUAACCGCUGCUUCCUUCCUGAAAACUUCUCACUGCCUGCCAGCCUUAACCUGCACAACUACUACCAUACAGAAAACGAUGAUGAAAACCCGUUCAUCUGUUCUCAACCUCGGGAGAACGGCAUGCGGCUGUGCAGCUCUCUCCCUACGCUCCACGAGGAGGGCCUGCAGUGCCAGCUGGACAUGGCAUCUUACAAUAACACAGACAACACCACCUGUGUCAACUGGAACCAGUAUUAUACCAACUGCUCCGCUGGAGAGGUCAAUCCCUUCAAGGGAGCCAUAAACUUUGACAACAUUGGUUACGCCUGGAUCGCCAUCUUUCAGGUCAUUACUCUGGAAGGAUGGGUGGACAUCAUGUACUUUGUUAUGGACGCUCACUCCUUCUACAAUUUCAUCUAUUUCAUCCUCUUGAUCAUAGUGGGGUCAUUCUUCAUGAUCAACCUUUGUCUUGUUGUCAUAGCGACACAGUUCUCCGAGACCAAGCAACGAGAGAGUCAGCUCAUGAAAGAACAGAGAGUGCGCUUUAGGUCCAACGCCAGCACGCUGAACAGCUUCUCUGAGCCGGGAAGCUGUUACGACGAGCUCCUUAAAUAUCUGGUCCACGUCAUUCGCAAGGGAAUCAGGCAGGUCGGGCACCUCAUCCGGGCUGCUGGUCGCCGGGCGGGAUUAAGGAUCUGCGCUUCUCCGCUGGCGGAACCACCGCCCACUAAAAGGCGUCGUCACAAACAGAGGCAGGGAUCCAUCCGGCAUCACAUGCACCAUCAUCACCACCACUACCAUUUGGGCAACGGAAGCAUCCGGGUUGACGGAGGUCGAGAGGUAGCCUCAGGCUCCCAGAGUGCUGUUGUUAACGCCGGGCGUCUCAUGCUACCCAUCAUCAUUCCUCAGCAGGACCCCUGUUCUCCGUCCCUGAUGUCUCUGGGCCCUGGCGAAUCCGUGCAUAGCGUCUUUCAAACAUCAGGCACCCUAGAGCCACUGCGCUGUGGCCCCUCGCCGACUCCAACAGUGCUCCAUGCCUACAAGAGGAACUCUGUCCCAUUCGCUGCUCCAGUACAUAAAAACUAUCCCACGUUACAGCCCUCUUUAGUAUUAGAGCAGCUCAGACAGAGAAUUCUGGACCCGGGAGGGGGCAGUUGCACAGCUAGUGUUUUUGCCAAUCUUAACAUCCCUCCAACUCCCAUAAACGCCUCACAGUGUCUUGUGGAGACACAGGGUCCUGUUGGCAAGAUCACCUGCAAGGACACAUCCAUGAACUGUAGUGGCACAAACCUGGAUACUGCUUUGACCUUUGACCCUGAAACUUGUCCAUAUUGCAUCAAAUCAAUAAGCAAUGACUCAGAAGGAAUGGACGUGAACGAGACUGCGGACUCUGACAGCGAGGGUGUGUAUGAGUUUACCCAGGAUGCCCAUUAUCGGGACAGCAGGGAUCCCAACAGAAGGAAGUUUGCAUUAGGGGCUCGGGCAGCUAAGGUUGUGCAUUUCUGGAGGCUGGUGUGUGACACUUUUCGUAAGAUCGUGGACAGCAAGUACUUUGGACGAGGAAUAAUGAUCGCCAUUCUUAUUAACACACUCAGCAUGGGCAUCGAGUACCACGAACAGCCGGACGAGUUGACGAAUGCUCUGGAGAUCAGUAACAUCGUCUUUACCAGCCUAUUUGCUCUGGAAAUGCUCCUGAAACUGCUUGUCUAUGGUCCUUUCGGCUACAUCAAGAACCCCUACAACAUCUUUGAUGGCAUUAUUGUAGUAAUCAGCGUCUGGGAGAUUGUUGGUCAGCAAGGAGGAGGUUUAUCGGUGUUGAGGACCUUCAGGCUGAUGAGGGUGUUGAAGCUGGUACGCUUCAUGCCCGCCCUACAGAGACAGCUGGUUGUUCUGAUGAAGACCAUGGACAACGUUGCCACCUUCUGCAUGUUGCUCAUGCUCUUCAUAUUUAUUUUCAGUAUUUUAGGCAUGCACUUGUUUGGAUGUAAAUUUGGCUCGGAACGAGAUGGUGAUACGCUUCCAGACCGCAAGAACUUUGAUUCUUUAUUGUGGGCCAUCGUGACGGUUUUUCAGAUCUUGACUCAGGAGGACUGGAAUAAAGUGCUGUAUAAUGGAAUGGCCUCUACAUCACCUGUGGCUGCUCUGUAUUUCAUCGCCCUCAUGACGUUUGGAAACUACGUCCUGUUUAACCUGUUGGUGGCUAUCUUAGUGGAGGGAUUUCAGACGGAGGAAAUAACCAAGAGGGAGGACUUGCAUGGCCAGCUGAGCUGUAUUCAGCUGCCAAUAGACUCAGGGGGUGAUGCCUCAAAGUCUGAAUCUGAAGUCGAUUUCUAUGCACGUAGCUUGGAGGACGUUUCUGGGCAUAAGAAGGAUCUGUCUGCUUGCUCCGUUGUGCCCAUCAACGGGCAUGUUGACUUUAAAACCAGCCUGACCCCUCCUCUCAUUACACACACUGCUGCCACGCCCAUGCCUGUCCCCAAAAUAUCAGGAGGAGACCCAGCCCUGGUAUUCGAAUCCCGCAGGGGCAGCAAUGUAUCGGUGGAACCUAAUGGCCAAGAUAAGUCUCCGUCGAGUGCACGAAGCUCCCCAAAUGCCCCGUGGAGUUCAGCCAGUAGCUGGAACAGCAGGCGUUCCAGCUGGAACAGCUUGGGCCGAGCCCCCAGCCUCAAGAGACAAAAACGACAGUCUGGUGAGCGGCGCUCCUUGCUGUCCGGCGAGGGCCAAUCCAGCUCGGAUGAGGGCGAGAGCGGAGGUGGAGGGGGAAUAUCCGAGGGCGAUGAUGCCUCCCUUGCCAGGACAGACUCCCUGGGCCAGAGGCCCCGGCACAGGCGCAUGGAGUCCCUGGAGACCCGCAGCUCCUUUGAUCUGCCUCCAGAUACCCUGCAGGUGCCAUAUGUACAUCGUUCUGCCAGUAUACACAGCGCCCGGCCACCCAACUUUCUCAGCAACGGCAAGAGUUCCCCAUCGGCCACUGCGCAGCUCUCUCUGGAUGAGCACCACAGUGAGGAUGACAAUGGGGACGAUGAAGGAAACCUGAGUCGCAGAGAUCGCCUCUACCGCUGGUUGGAGCAUAAACAGCCGGAAUGGUGUCGGCAACGGGCCACCUGGUCACUUUACCUCUUCCCUCCGGAGUCACGGUUUCGUAUGACAUGCAAUAAGAUCAUCACUCACAAGAUGUUUGACCAUGUGGUUCUGGUCAUCAUCUUUCUCAACUGCAUCACCAUUGCCAUGGAGAGGCCCAGAAUCGACCCCUCCAGUGCUGAACGCAUCUUCCUGACGUUGUCCAACUACAUCUUUACCGCCAUCUUCGUGACCGAAAUGACAAUAAAGGUGGUUGCCUUGGGCUGGUGUUUCGGAAACAAGACGUACCUGAAAAGCAGCUGGAACAUUCUGGAUGGCAUGUUGGUGAUGAUCUCAGUCAUUGACAUCCUGGUUUCCUUGAUCUCCAACAGCGGCACUAAGAUCCUGGGCAUGCUGCGUGUGCUACGGUUACUGAGAACCCUACGACCACUUAGAGUCAUCAGCAGAGCUCCAGGAUUAAAGCUGGUUGUUGAGACACUGAUGUCAUCACUUAAACCUAUCGGAAACAUUGUGGUCAUCUGCUGUGCUUUCUUCAUUAUUUUUGGCAUCUUGGGAGUUCAGCUCUUCAAAGGAAAGUUCUUUGUGUGUCAGGGGGAGGAUACACGAAACAUCACAAACAAAUCAGACUGCCACCUGGCUAACUAUAAAUGGGUCAGGCACAAGUACAACUUUGACAACCUUGGCCAGGCUUUGAUGUCCCUUUUUGUUCUGGCUUCGAAAGACGGGUGGGUGGAUAUAAUGUACGAUGGGCUGGAUGCUGUCGGUGUUGAUCAACAGCCUGUCAUGAACUUCAACCCAUGGAUGCUUCUCUAUUUCAUCUCCUUCUUGCUGAUCGUGGCUUUCUUUGUGCUAAACAUGUUUGUCGGCGUGGUAGUCGAGAACUUUCACAAGUGUCGACGGCACCAAGAAGAGGAGGAAGCCAAGCGGCGGGAGGAAAAGCGCCUUAAACGCAUGGAGAAAAAAAGAAGGAAUUUAAUGACCGGUGUCAGCUGGUCCAGCCCUGAACUCACAGUGAAAGAAGCCCAGAGUAAACCCUAUUACUCCGAUUACUCACCCACACGACUUCUCAUCCACAAGAUAUGCACCAGCCACUAUCUGGACCUCUUCAUCACGAUUGUCAUCGGGCUGAAUGUCAUCACCAUGUCCAUGGAGCACUACCAGCAGCCCAAGGUUUUGGACGAGGCUUUGAAAAUCUGUAACUACAUUUUCACCGUCAUAUUUGUGCUGGAGUCCGUCUUCAAGCUUGUUGCCUUUGGGUUUCGCCGGUUCUUCAAGGACAGGUGGAACCAGUUGGAUCUCGCCAUUGUGCUGUUGUCUAUAAUGGGCAUAACUCUGGAGGAAAUUGAGGUCAAUGCAUCUCUUCCGAUCAACCCCACCAUUAUUCGCAUAAUGAGGGUGCUGCGGAUCGCUCGUGUACUGAAGUUGCUAAAGAUGGCCGUGGGAAUGCGAGCCCUUCUUGACACUGUGAUCCAGGCUCUUCCUCAGGUGGGGAAUCUGGGUCUUCUCUUCAUGUUGCUCUUCUUCAUCUUUGCAGCACUGGGAGUAGAACUGUUUGGUGAUCUGAUAUGUGAUGAGCUCCAUCCAUGUGAAGGUCUCGGCCGUUACGCCACUUUCAAGAACUUUGGCAUGGCUUUCCUCCUGUUGUUCCGUGUAUCCACAGGGGACAACUGGAACGGCAUAAUGAAGGACACAUUGAGAGACUGUUCUGAGGACAAAGGCAUCUGCUACAACACGGUCGUGUCACCCAUUUACUUUGUGUCAUUUGUACUGACGGCUCAGUUCGUCCUGGUCAAUGUGGUCAUCGCCGUGCUCAUGAAGCACCUGGAAGAAAGCAACAAAGAGGCCAAGGAGGAGGCCGAGUUGGAAGCCGAGAUGGAGUUGGAGGCUGUGGAUGCUGGAAUGUCCCGGGGACAUAUCUCGCCUCUGGGGCCUUGCGACAUGGGUGGCCCUGGAGGGUCACCUUGGAUCUCCAGGGACUCACAGGACCUGUCGGGACCUGUUUAUCCUACAGACAGCCCACCAGACAUAUGCAGAGACUCAGAAAAUCACAUUAAAGCAGAUCCGGAUCCUCCACUCAAUUCGGUGCCACCAUUAGAGCGGAGGCCAAUGUUUGACUCAGUUUCCCUGGUGAUCCAGGGCUCACUGGAAGGAGAGCUUAGCCUCAUGGACAACCUGUCUGGCUCCGUCUGCCACUUCUACGCUCUGCCUCCCCUUCCCAGCAAGCACUGCACUGAGAAACAGACCACAGAUCCAACAGAUCCCUCGGACCUCAACGGAUCAGACGAGCCAGCGCAUGAGCACCUGCUGUACGUCAAGAAGACCUCAGUGGGCCGCACACACUCUCUGCCCAAUGACAGCUAUAUGUACUUGCCAGUGCAGCCAUAUUCAACCCACACAACCUCACCUCACUCGGCUCAAACAGGGUCUACUAGCUCGAUCCAAUCUCAAACAGAAGAGCCCGCCCAGCAUCUGACUGUGCCCACGGAUCUGUUUCGACCGAUAAGUCCUCAUAGCCUCUCAGACUCAGAGAGCAUCCCGCGAAUUCCUCCACCUCGUCGGGCACACACUCUCUCACGCACCUUACGCAGACAGGUGGCAGUGAGUGCUGACUCUCAGGAGACUUUGUGCACAGAGGGAGCGGACAGUGAGGGUCCUUCAUGUUCCCUUGUGAAGUUUCCACCUCAACUGCAACCCUCACUCUUUCUGGUCCCCGCCACACCAGGCGCCUCUCCAAAACCGUCGCGACCUAGCGUUCACACGCAGCACAACCCCUACGACCAGUACAAUGUCUUCUCCAGGCACGCCAACACUCCGCCGCCCCCCGCCAGGCAGGAGGAAAUGGACUCGGUGGACCACGAGGUAUCGCGCAUUAUCAGGGCGGGGCUCGUUGGGAGGAGUGACGAUGGAGGUGUAGGAGAUCAAGGUGCGAGUAGGCGUCAGCUUAAGAAGUACCACAGCGUGGACACUCAGGCUCAACGGGCGCUGCUGCUACCGCGGCCCUCAUCCUGGCUAGACGACCCACGGCGACACUCCAUCGAGGUGUGCUCGUCCGUGGAGAGCAGUCCUCAGCGCAGUUCCAUCUCCUCCGGUUUUGUCUCGCGAGCAGACAGUCUGCAGCAACAGUCCUCUCCGCGCACACGCAAGAAAAAAAUGAGUCCCCCGUGCAUCUCUGUGGAUCCUCCUGAGGGACUGGACCAUCCAACUUUGGGGAUAGUGCCUCCCCCACUCCCAAGCCGGGACACUUGCUUGAGGAGGCGUGCUCCAUCCAGUGAAUCCAAGGACUCUUUUGAUUUGGCUGGAGCAGGGGAUGGUCUUCCUCAAGAUGGUGUUGCGAACUCCAAGCUGUUGACUCUGCCAAGUUUCUCUUUUGAGAAAACAAGCUCUGAGCACUGAACCUUGACUACACACGAUCACGCACCCAACACAGACACGCACAUAACACAUGAUACACUCGGUGUAUCCGUGAUGGUGAUAGUAAUAGUAAUAAUAUCUUAGAGAGUAAUAAUGCAACAAUGUUGAAUACUCCAUGGGGAAUAGUAACUAUACCUUGUAUUUGUUCUCUACUGCCAAAAGAAAUCAAAAGGACUUUGUGACGAGGAUCAUACAAGCUAAUAAUAAGACUCUCUCUCCUCAAAGACGCUAGCAGAUCUCUGCUGGCAACCUCAUGACCUCCUUACGGAAGUCAGCGCAGAGCCCGAGGGAGUGUGUUCCCUUCUGGCCGUUGGGAAGACUUCACAGCACUGUAUUGACUCCCUUAUGGGCACUGAUGAAGGUACAAAGCAAUAUGAACGUUUUAGAGACACUAUUUUCUUAAAUUAUUGGGCCAUAGUGUUUGUAAAGGAUGUAGAAUUCUUUCUUUUUUGAUUUCAUUAUAGUUUUAUUUGUGUCUUUACGUGAUGAAAUUUUUCCUUAAAUCGUUUUAUUUUGCGUUAUUUUUUCACCAUAGGAUAUUUUUAGCUUUCUUGGUUUUAACAAAAAAAGAAAGAAAACUUUUUCAAAGUGCCAGAAUCCAUGUAUUUGUAGGAAUAAUGAUGAUGAUAAUAUUAAUAAUGAUAUAAUAUAUCUCUUUAAAAUAAAGCAUUAAACGGUUUUCUGAUUUUUAAGCACAAGUAUUAGAUUGAUGUGCCCUGUAUAAAGAACGAGUCUCAUAAAGCACAAACGUUGGAUGGUAUAAGCCGAAGGGAUUGUAAACUACCAUUAUUGACAGCUUUAUUAUGAAAAGCAUUUGCAUUAAUUGACCUUAUGAUCAGAGAAAAAGGUCACCUGCGAUACACGCACAAGCCGAAAACCACAUUUCAUUUGUACGAAUUUUAUUAGAAAUCUGGUUCAAAUUCUGAUUAUGUUCCUCUAAGUAGACAAAUAAAUGUCUAUAUUGUGAGUACGCCCUAUACAGUAUUUGUGUGA